GUGACAUUUGAGUUAUGUGCUUAACCUCAAAAAUUAAAAAUGUCGAUAACCUUUGUUUUUUAGUAUUCUUGGAAACAUCAUGAAUAACAGUAUUAUUAGUUUAUAAUGUAACAUUAAGAAAAACAGUAUAGUUCAAGAUGGUUAGCCUGAAUAGAUCAUUCUUAUACGGCAUAGGUAUUACAUCCCUGACAUGGAUAAUCUGUCUGUACUUGUAUUCACAACUGAACCAAUUAGCCCAAUCCGAAAAGCUAGAGAAGCAUUACACUCAUCUCCCAAGAAUCAACAAGGAAAUUGUGAACAACAAUGUGAUCGACAUUGAUGACAAAUCGAAGUCUAAAGAAUCAAACAAUUACAAAAAUGAGUGGUACAAGAAGUACAAGAACAGCGAACAGAACAUUAAGAAACUCCAGCCAGUCUUUAAAACCAACAGCAAACUUUCUAAAGAUGAGAAAGAUUUGACUGAGUUGGGGUUGGUGGCUAAUUUGCAAGAGAAGGAAAUAAAAGAUGAAGGUUAUAAAAUCCAUGCCUACAAUGUGUUGGUGAGCAAUCGGCUGAGUUUGCACAGGAAAAUUCCAGAUACAAGAAACAAAUUAUGUGGAAGCGUGGAGUAUCCUUUGAAGUUGCCUAAUGCCAGUAUUAUAAUAUGCUUCUACAAUGAACACUUCAAUACUUUGCUAAGGUCUAUACAUUCUAUAAUAGAUAGAACUCCAAGUGAGUUACUCCAUGACAUCAUUUUAAUAGAUGAUUAUAGUGAUAUCAAGGUUUUGCAUCUGGAAAUUAAAAAUUACAUAGAUAAGAACUUUGUUGAUGGAAAGGUGAAGUUGUUUAAAACUGAGAAGAGAGAAGGUUUGAUUAGAGCUCGCGUUUUUGGUGCUAAGAAAGCCCAAGGAGAAACAUUGAUCUUCUUGGAUAGUCACAUUGAAGUUAACAAGGACUGGAUACAACCUCUACUAGGUAGAAUUAAGGAAAAUAGAACCAACGUUGUUGUACCUGUAAUCGACGUGAUCAAUCCUGAUACGUUUGCAUACACUUCCAGCCCUCUUGUUAGAGGAGGUUUUAAUUGGGGGUUGCAUUUUAAAUGGGAGAAUUUACCUAAAGGAACUUUAUCCAAGGGUGAAGACUUUGUGAAACCAAUUAAGUCUCCAACUAUGGCAGGAGGCUUGUUUGCAAUAAACAGACAGUAUUUUAUUUAUUUAGGAGAGUACGACAGCGGCAUGAAUAUUUGGGGUGGAGAAAAUUUGGAAAUUUCAUUUCGUAUAUGGAUGUGUGGAGGAAACUUGGAAAUGUUGCCUUGCAGCCGAGUGGGUCAUGUAUUUAGGCAAAGAAGACCAUACGGAUCACCGGAUGGACAAGACACGAUGCUUCAUAACUCUUUGAGAGUAGCCCACGUUUGGAUGGACGAGUAUAAAGAAUACUUUCUGAGUCAGCGCAAGGAAGUGGAAAAGGUGAAAUACGGCGAUAUUUCAUCGAGGCUUCAAUUAAGGAAAGAACUUGGUUGCAAAUCGUUCGAUUGGUAUAUAAAAAACGUAUAUCCUGAAAUCGUGUUGCCUUCGGACGAUGAUAACAGACUGAAGAACAAAUGGGCAGCAUUGGAACAAGACGAUUACCAGCCGUGGCACACGAGGAAACGGAAUUACGUGAAUCAGUAUCAGAUCAAACUGACUAAUAGUUCUUUGUGCUUGACAAGCGAGAAGGAUUACAAAGCGAAAGGUGGAUUGCUAACUUUGAAGCCAUGCAUGCGGUACAAGUCGCAAAUGUGGUAUGAAACGGAUCGAAACGAAUUGGUUCUCUCUCAGUUGCUGUGUCUGCAAUCUCGUCACCCGAAGCCGUUCCUUUACAAAUGCCACGAGAUGGGAGGUGAUCAAGAGUGGAAGCAUAAAGGAGAGAGCGGAUCCCCUAUUUACAACAUGGCUGCCGGAACUUGCCUAGGUGUGGAAGAGGUCAAAGUUGCGGCGGAAGUAGUCAUGACCCUCUGCGCAGAUCCGACCUACAACAAGUGGGAUUUAGUCGAGACCUAAACUAAUAUAUCUAUAUAAUUCUAAAGACACAUAUUUUUCUAAUGAUCUUUUUUUAUAUUAACCGGAAGACUGAUUUAUUUUUGCUUUUAUAUGUCCUCCAGGUAUUACACCUUUUCUUCAGGUAACUUUAUGCCAUACUGCGUGUUCUACCUUUUUAUGUGUUUCAUUUUAUAAUUAUACAUUUUUACUCUCUAUUAUUCUUAUGCAUUUAUUACUAAUAUAUUGGA